AUGGGUCAGCUCAUCUAUUCUUUCGUGGCCAGGGGCACGGUAGUUCUCGCUGAAUAUACCUCUUUCAAGGGCAACUUUAACACCAUCGCCCUUCAGUGCCUGGAGAAGAUGCCACAAGAAAAUAACAAGUUUACGUUCCCCCAUGGUGGCCACACACUAAACUAUCUCCUGGAGAACGGAUAUGCCUAUAUGGUCCUUGCGGACCAAGACGUCACCCGGCAAAUCAUAUUCGCCUUUCUGGAGCGUAUCAAGGAUGACUUCAACGCCAGAUAUGCUAGCAAGGCUGCGAAUCUUGGAGCCCAUGCCUUGAACAAGGAGUUUGGGCCGAAGCUGAAGGAGCACAUGAAGUACGUGGCCGAGCACCCUGAGGAAAUGAGCAAGUUCGCCAAGAUUAAGGCACAAGUGGCUGAAGUUAAGGGCGUGAUGAAGGAUAACAUUGAAAAGGUUUUGCAACGAGGCGAGAAGAUGGAGCUUCUAGCGGAGAAGGCCGACGUUCUGUCGACUCAGGCUAGCCAAUUUAAGAAGCAAGGCACCGAGAUUAAGAAAAAGAUGUGGUGGGAGAACAUGAAGGUGAAGGCUGUUGUAAUUGGCAUUUUGGUGGUGCUCGCUUUGAUCAUUUGGCUCUCCAUCUGCCAUGGAUUCACUUGCCAAUGA